AUGGGUGGAAAAGCUGAAAAAGGUACUCCAAAGUACAUUGCGAACAAGAUAAAGGCUAAGGGCUUGCAGAAAUUGCGAUGGUACUGCCAGAUGUGUCAGAAACAGUGCCGAGACGAGAACGGAUUCAAGUGCCAUACCAUGUCGGAGUCUCAUCAAAGGCAGCUGCUGUUAUUUGCUGAUAACGCCAACAAGUACAUAGACGAGUUCUCCAAGGAGUUCGCUGAUGGAUAUUUAGAACUCCUUCAUCGUCAGUUCGGUACAAAGAGAGUUAAUGCCAAUAAAGUUUAUCAAGAGUAUAUUUCACAUAGAGACCAUCUCCACAUGAACGCUACGCAAUGGGAGACGUUAACGGAGUUCGUGAAAUGGUUGGGUCGUGAAGGCAAGUGUGUAGUCGAUGAAACAGAGAAGGGGUGGUUUGUGGCAUACAUCGAUAGGGAUCCGGCUGCGAUAGCCGCAUUGGAGGCCAAGGCGAAAAAGGAGAAGAUGGAUAAAGAUGAUCAGGAAAGGAUGUUAGAGUUCAUACAGAAGCAGGUGGAACGUGGGAAGAAGCAGGGGGCUUCAGACGGACCAUCGUACUCGGAGUUCAAGAGAGAGAGCAGCCAGGAGAAGGUGGUGCUCAGUUUGAAGCGGAAGGCUGAAGAAAAGAAAACAGAGCCGCUGCCAGUUUCAGCACUCAAACUAAAAGAUAGUUCUAAAAAAGAAGAAAGUUCUAAAAAGCAGAGAAUAGAAGAGAACAGAAACAAACAGUCUGCUCUCGAUGAGAUCAUGAAGAUGCAGGAACAAGCUAAAGAGAGGGCUAAUAGAAAAGACUACUGGCUCUGCGAAGGGAUUGUAGUGAAGAUCACUACAAAAUCACUUGGCGAUAAGUUUUACAAGAAGAAGGCGAUCGUUGAGAGAGUAGUCGACAAAUACUGCGCGCAUGUUAAACUUACUGAUGAAAAUACUAGAAUUAAACUGGAUCAGAAUCACCUAGAAACAGUGAUCCCGUCGACGGGUCGAUCCGUCCGCUUCGUGAACGGCGCGUACCGUGGAUCCACCGGACAACUCAGAGAUAUAGAUAUAGAUAAUUAUUGCUGCGAUGUCGAGAUUUCAGAAGGCCCUCUAACCGGGCGCGUUGUGAAAGGAGUUCAAUAUGAAGAUAUCAGCAAGUUGGCGACGUGA